AAUUCACUGUUUAAAACAUUUAAAAAAUAAUAUAAUCCUUAUAAAGUUGCUGUUGUUGUAGUUGAAGAGCACUUUUACUUUUUCUCCCUUUUUACAUUACUCAGUAUGGGUUAUGUGGCAUGAAAAUCGCACAAAUAAAGUACGUAUUACAGCAGACAGAGAGAAUAAAAAAUAGCUAGGGUUGAAGGUAAUUCUAUGUUUCUGUAAAUCGCAGCAAUAGAUUUACGUACUUCCUGCAAUUUUACACACUGCAGCCUAUACUUACUGCAAUUGUGUUGCAGUAUUAAAUAUUUAAUUUUCACGUGCGCCAUCGAUUCAUCCACGCGAUUCUUUCUAUUCCUCUUAUUCUCUCACAUUUUCCCCAUGAAGAAUAGAGCCUUUAGUACAUCGAAUAUCUUGAAUACUAACAUAUUGUUAUGGCGAACAUCAAUAAUUGUUUUCUUUGCACAAGUUUCUUUUUAAGAACCAUAGCAUCCUGGCCAGGCACAACAAGGAGUAUUUCGAAUUUCCGCAAACUGUUUAACGCGUUACACGUUUUUCUCGUGAUUUCUCUAAUAACUUCGACCAUUCUGCAAGUUUCAAUGUAUAUAAUAAAGAAUCCUCUGGAUGCGAAAGUGAUAACGGAAAUCUUAAGUGCACAGUGCGUAUACUUUCAUGUUAUUAUAAAAGUGAUCAUGUACAACGUGCAUCGUAAAAAGUUAAUCAAGUUAUUGACAUCCGUUAAGACUUCACUGGAAAGUAAUGUAAAACCAUUAGUGAAUAACGUUGAAACAUACAUGAAAAUUGGCAUAAUAAUUUAUGGAAGUUAUGCGUUAAGCAUUGUUCUUCUGGCUUUGGAUUAUAUACUUUCACCGAUUUUACAAAGUGAAAGAGUCCUUCCGGCACUUAUGUGGUAUCCAUUUGAUUAUACGAAUUCGACAUUAUUUUAUGGUUUAGCCUACGCUCAUCAAAUAACAGCAAUACAAUUGAGCGGCUGUACACUUGGAGUUGAGAUUACAUUCGGAAUGUUAGUGUUUCAUUGUUGCGCGCAAUUACAAUAUUUGCAAUAUCUUUUGCAAACGUUAAUCCUCGGUUGUCACGCAGAAAGAAGUCGAAGAACAAUUCGUGUAAGAACUGCUAAAUGCAUAAGGUAUCAGAAUGAAAUUCUAAGUUCGAUAAACGAUAUUGACGAUGUACACACGUAUAUUGUACUUGUACUAUUUUGUACAGCGACUGUAACGGUUUCUUGUCUUGGAUUUCAAUUGCUAAAUAUAGAAACUUUAUCGGUAAAUUCAUUAGCGAAAUUCAUGCUGAACGCCGGAUGCGUUUUGUUGCAAUUAUUAUUUUAUUAUUUACCAGCUAGUAUACUUACUUCCGAGGCAAUGAAGGUGGAGAUGGCGGUGUAUCGUUGUAAUUGGGAAUCAUUACUGCCUGAUCAGCGUAAAGAUAUUUUAUUUAUAUUAAUGCGCAGCAUGCAUGUUCCGAGAUUAACAGUUGGACGAAUCAGUUCUUUACAUUUGGAGAACUAUAUGAAGGUAAUGUAUAGAAUAAAUGAAAUUUGAUAACAAAUAAAUGAAAAUAACACUGUAUAUCGCUUAAAGUUCUUAACGACAACUGCAUCUUAUCUGACUUCUCUACAAGCUGCUACAGGUGCAACUUCUUAGGUAUGUAAAGCAAUACUAACCAUAAGU